CAAUACCACUAAAUAUUUAGUGAUAGUGAAAAACAAAUUGCAAUACCACUAAAUAUUUAGUGAUAGUGAAAAAAAAUGCACUAUCACUAAACCUUUACUUUACAGCCAUCCAUAAGUGCUAGUACAUCAUUUCUCGAAUUCGAUGACGAGUCCACAGAUGAAAAUCAAUGUAUACAAGGCGGAGCUGUAGCAACCGAAGUAACUUUGUACUUGAAUGACGCUGAUGCUUUGCACCGCUUUCCUAUUAUAAAAAAAAAAAAAUUUUAAAUACAACACACCUCUUCCUUCCUCUGCGCCAGUGGAAAGACUUUUUUCCUUUGCUGGAAUUGUCAAUCGAUCCAAAAGGCAAAAUCUCACCGACCGUAAUUUUGAAAUACCAACAGAACCACACGUGUUCUUAUUUUAUCCGCGCGUGCAUUAUAUUUAAGUGAUAGUGAUGAAGAAAAUAGUGUAAACAUUCGUCGUGAGCGCAGAAAUUUGAGGAAUAUUUCAAAAGACGUGCUGGAAAUGGAUGACUAUAACGCAUUUAUACACAUUUUGGGGGAAUGCGAAAAUGAACUUGGAAAUGACAAAAGACAAGGUUCUCUUUCUCCAAAAAUAAAACUUGCUGCAUGUCUACGUUUCUUAGCCACGGGUAGUUAUCAACAUUGUAUUGGGUUUGAAAAUCGUUAGCGCAUCAAAUUAUCGGAGAGGACAUGCAUAUUUAAUACUAGAUGGAGUCAUGUGUAGAAGUUCACGCAAGUGAGGAAAGUUCUCUGACUGCCAUUCACUUGGGAGUGGCCAGAAACGAUUCUUUUACAUGUGACUCAAGCAGCUCACGACUUCCGGUCUUUGACCAAGUAUCCUCUGGGUAGCCUAAGAAAAGCGAAACAUCCCCUGCAUAGGGUUGUGCGCUGGGUUUGGGACCCGCCACGUAAAAAAACACCCCCAGUGAAUAGUCAUAACCAGCCUCGGAUGAGAGACCCCACUUUUGAUGACGACCAUGGCAAACGAAAUAAGGACUACGAAUUGAGGGCAUGCACCUGGAAUGUCCGGUCCCUUAACUGGGAAGGUGCCACUGCCCAGCUGGUUGAUGUCCUCGUGAAAACAAAGGCUGACAUCACCGCCGUCCAAGAAAUGCGAUGGACGGGACAAGGACAGAGACGAGUAGGUCCUUGUGACAUUUACUACAGUGGCCAUAUAAAGGAGAGCAGGUUUGGUGUGGGAUUCGUGGUGGGAGAGAGACUCCGUCGCCGAGUACUAUCAUUCACUGCGGUGAAUGCACGUCUAGCCACAAUCCGCAUCAAAGCGAGGUUCUUCAACAUAUCGCUGAUUUGCGCCCACGCCCCGACGGAAGAGAAGGACGAUGUGACCAAAGAUGCCUUUUAUGAGUGCUUGGAGCGCACUUAUGUGAGAUGCCCCCGUCACGAUGUAAAAAUCGUGCUUGGCGACUUCAACGCCAGGGUGGGCAAAGAAGGUAUCUUUGGUACUACGGUCGGUAAAUUCAGCCUCCACGACGAAACUUCCCCAAAUGGGUUGAGGCUGAUCGACUUCGCCGGGGCCCGAAAUGUGGUUAUCUGUAGUACUAGAUUCCAGCAUAAGAAGAUCCAUCAAGCUACCUGGCUGUCUCCGGAUCGAAAAACUACCAACCAGAUCGAUCAUGUUGUGAUAGACGGAAGACACGUCUCCAGUGUUUUAGAUGUGCGUACGCUCCGAGGUCCUAACAUCGACUCGGACCACUAUCUUGAUGCAGCUAAGAUUCGCACCCGCCUCUGUGCAGCAAAAAACGCACGCAAACAAUCACAAGGAAGGUUCGACGUCGAGAAGCUGCAAUCACAACAGACAGCCGAACGAUUUUCUACUCGGCUUGCACUCCUGCUCUCUGAGAGCACUCAUCAAGAACUCGGUAUAAGGGAACUGUGGGACGGCAUUUCAAACUCCUUACGUACAGCUGCAACCGAAACCAUUGGUUUUCGGAAAGUGCAAAAGAACAGCUGGUACGACGAGGAGUGCCGUGUCGCAGCGGAGAGAAAACAGGCUGCCUACCUCGCAACGUUACGAUCGACCACAACACGUGCGGGAUGGGAUAGAUACCGAGAGUUGAAGAGGGAAGCGAGACGCAUUUGCAGACAGAAGAAGAAAGAGGCCGAAAUGCGUGAGUACGAACAGCUUGAUAAGCUGGCCGACAGGGGUAAUGCUCGAAAAUUCUAUGAAAAAAUGCGGCGACUUACAGAAGGUUUCAAGACCGGAGCAUACUCCUGUAGAACCCUCCAAGGUGAUCUAGUUACUAAUGCCCAGAGCAUACUUAAAUUAUGGAGGGAACACUUCUCCAACCUGCUGAAUGGCAGUGAACGUACAACACCGGGAGAAGGCGAAUCCGAUUCCCCAAUCGAUGACGAUGGAGCAGACGUUCCAUUGCCCGAUCAUGAAGAAGUUCGAAUAGCAAUUGCCCGCCUGAAAAACAACAAAGCUGCAGGGGCCGAUGGAUUGCCGGCCGAGCUAUUCAAACACGGCGGCGAAGAGCUGAUAAGGAGCAUGCAUCAACUGUAAAAUAUGGUCGGACGAAAGCAUGCCCAACGAUUGGAAUUUAAGUGUGCUAUGCCCAAUCCAUAAAAAAGGAGACCCCACAAUCUGGGCUAACUACCGUGGGAUUAGCCUCCUCAACAUCGCGUAUAAGGUUCUAUCGAGCGUAUUGUGUGAAAGAUUAAAGCCCACCGUCAGCAAACUGAUUGGACCUUAUCAGUGUGGCUUUAGACCUGGUAAAUCAACAACUGACCAGAUAUUCACCAUGCGCCAAAUCUUGGAAAAGACCCGUGAAAAGAGAAUCGACACUCACCACCUAUUCGUCGAUUUCAAAGCUACUUUCGACAGCACGAAAAGGAGCUGCCUUUAUGCCACGAUGUCUGAAUUUGGUAUCCCCGCGAAACUAAUACGGCUGUGUAAACUGACGUUGAGCAACACGAAAAGCUCCGUCAGGAUCGGGAAGGACCUCUCCGAGCCGUUCGAUACCAAACGAGGUUUCAGACAGGGUGAUUCCCUAUAAUUCGACUUUUUCAGCCUGCUUCUGGAGAAAAUAGUUCGAGCUGCAGAACUCAACAGAGAAGGUACCAUCUUCUAUAAGAGUGUACAACUGCUGGCAUAUGCCGAUGAUAUUGAUAUCAUCGGCCUCAACACCCGCGCCGUUAGUUCUGCUUUCUCCAGACUGGACAAGGAAGCAAAAGAAAUUGGUCUGGCAGUGAACGAGGGCAAGACGAAAUAUCUCCUGUCAUCAAACAAACAGUCGUCGCACUCGCGACUUGGCACUCACGUCACUGUUGACAGUCAUAACUUUGAAGUUGUAGAUAAUUUCGUCUAUAUUGGAACCAGCGUAAACACCACCAACAAUGUCAGCCUUGAAAUCCAACGCAGGAUAACUCUUGCCAACAGCUGCUACUUCGGACUAAGUAGGCAAUUGAGAAGCAAAGUCCUCUCUCGACGAACAAAAACCAAACUCUAUAAGUCACUCAUAAUUCCCGUCCUGCUAUAUGGUGCAGAGGCCUGGACGAUGUCAACAACAGAUGAGUCGGCGCUGCGAGUUUUCGAGAGAAAAGUUCUGCGAAAGAUUUAUGGUCCUUUGCGCGUUGGCCACGGCGAAUAUCGCAUUCGAUGGAACGAUGAGCUGUACGAGAUAUACGACGACAUUGACAUAGUUCAGCGAAUUAAAAGACAGCCACUACGCUGGCUAGGUCAUGUUGUCCGGAUGGACGAAAACACUCCAGCUCUGAAAGUAUUCGACGCAGUACCCGCCGCGGGAAGCAGAGGAAGAGGAAGACCUCCACUCCGUUGGAAGGACCAAGUGGAGAAGGACCUGGCCUCGCUUGGAAUAUCCAAUUGGCGCCACGUAGCGAAAAGAAGAAACGACUGGCGCGCUGUUGUUGACUCGGCUAUAAUCGCAUAAGCGGUGUCUACGCCAAUUAAGAAGAAGAAGAAGAAUAAUUUGCUAAAAAUACUAUCAAUUUAUACGAAUGUACUAAUCGAAUAUAUAUUUUGUAAAGGUGACAAAGGCUACCCUCUUCAACCGUGGCUCAUAACUCCGUUUAGGGAAACAAUAACAUGCGUCCGAAAAGGGAGAUUCAACACAUAUCAUGCUAAAGGCCGAAUUGUUAUUGAGAAAACAAUAGGUUUAUUAAAAUCGGCAUUUCGUUGUCUUUGUAGUGAACGAGGACUACAUUACGUACCAUAUAAAGCAGGGCGUAUUGUCAAUUUAUGCUGCGCAUUGCAUAAUAUUCGUUUGCAUUUUAAUUCAAAUGAAAACAUAAAUGAGUUAAACCUGGACACAACUGAAAAUGCAUAUUCCAACGAAGAUGAGAAUGAUAUAGAUGAUACGCCUACCGAUGAAGCAAAUAGAAUUAGAGAUAGUUUUUUAGAUAUUUUUUAAUAUAAGUUCAUAGUAUAUUGACUUAAAACUCGAAAUCAACAACAGAAAGUAAGACAACCGAACAACGUACGGAGAAAGCAGGAACCAGUGCGGAAAGCCGAACCAAAAGAUAUAAAGAAGAUCAGACCUAUUUCAGUGUAAGGCAUGCAGCCGGAAGUUAUGUUAUACGAGUAUAUGAAUUAGAAAUAUAUAUUAAUAGAUAUAGAACAAUUUUAUGAAUAUUCAGUGGGAAAUAAACCCAGCAAUUUAGGGUGCGAGCGUUUGUAUUAAUGUGAAAAGUGUAAAAUCACAGUAUUGUAAAGUUUCCCCCCCAAAAAAAGAGGACCCUUCCACGCUGCACUGAGGCUGAUACAUACAUAAGUAUGUAUACGGUACUAUGCAAUGAUACUAAUGCAAAUUUGACUGAACUGGGGAACUAUUAGUUGAUAAGAUAUAGCAUUUUGGGUGAAGCAAUUUAGGUUCUUCUUCUUUACUGGCGUAGACACCGCUUACGCGAUUAGAGCUGAGUUAACAACAGCGCCAGUCGUCUCUUCUUUUCGCUACGUGGCGCCAAUUGGAUAUUCCAAGCGAAUCCAGGUCCUUCUCCACUUGGUCCUUCCAACGGAGUGGAGCACUUCCUCUUUCUCUGCUUCCCCGGCGGGUACUGCGUCAAAUACUUUCAGAGCUGGAGUGUUUUCGUCCAUUCGGACAACAGGACCUAGCCAGCGUAGCCGCUGUCUUUUAAUUCGCUGAACUAUGUCAAUGUUGUUGUUUAAAUGAGUUAAGCCUCCACCCCCUCUACCCGGUAAAACUGGCGCAUCCUAAUAAAACAGCGAAAUUCACCACAGGAUGCUACUGCAACGCAACACCAAUAACUCACCACAUCUAUACCAACCCAACCAACAAAAGGAAUGGACAACGGGAAAGCUCACGAAAUUCGCUCAAGGCAGUUCGACACAUACACCUCGAUCAGAUACAUUCGCUUACACACUUCGCCGCGUCGACCUACAAAUCCGCCAAGUCUCAACAUAAUUCGACCGCAGCUACAAAUGAAUAAACUUCGUUUUUCCAACAAGUUCCUGCCAGCAUCAAUACAACAACCAACUGAGUUUAAUCGAACACCACAAGCUUCCGAAUUAAUUUAGAUAUAUUUAAAUUUGUAUUUUAAAUAUAUCAAACAUUAAAACAAAUUGUUUACGAAAUCUUCCGGGCAGUUUCAUUUUCCAUUUUUGACCGUGGGUGUGAAAGAGUUGGAAUACCCUAACAAAUUGAGGGGUUUAAUUAGUCGUCAUAUUUCUCAUACAGCUCAUCGUUCCAUCGAAUGCGGUAUUCGCCGUGGCCAACGCGCAAAGGACCAUAAAUCUUUCGCAAAACUUUUCUCUCGAAAACUCUCAACGUCGACUCAUCAGUUGUUGUCAUCGUCCAAGCCUCUGCACCAUAUAGCAGGACGGGAAUUAUGAGCGUCUUAUAGAGUUUGGUUUUUGAGAGAACUUUGCUUCUCAAUUGCCUACUCAGUCCAAAGUAGCACCUGUUGGCAAGGGUUAUCCUGCGUUGGAUUUUCAGUCUGACGUUGUUGGUGGUGAUUACGGUUGUUCCAAAAUAGACGAAAUUAUCUACAACUUCAAUGUUAUGACUGUCAAUAGUGACGUGAGAGCCAAGUCGCGAGUUCGAUGACUGUUUGUUUGAUGGCAGGAGAUAUUUCGUCUUGCCCUCGUUCACUGCCAGACCCAUUUGCCUUGCUUCCUUGUCCAGUCUGGAGAAAGCAGAACUAACGGUGCGUGUGUUGAGUACGAUGAUAUAAAUGUCAUUGGCAUGCGCCAGCAGCUGUACGCUCUUAUAAAAGAUUGUACCUGCUCGAUUCAGUUCUGCAGCUCGAGCUAUUUUCUCCAGCAGCAGAUUGAAGAAGUCGCACGAUAGGGAGUCGCCUUGUCUGAAGCCUCGUUUGGUAUCAAACGGUUCAGAGAGGUCCUUCCCGAUCCUGACGGAACUUUUGUUUUAGUUUUGCGGGGAUACUAAAUUCAGACAUCGCGGCAUAAAGGCUGUUUCUUUUCGUGCUGUCGAAAGCAGCUUUGAAAUCGGCGAAGAGGGGGUGUGUGUCGAUUCUCCUUUCACGGGUCUUUUCCAAGACUUGGCGUAUGGUGAAUAUCUGGUCGGUUGUUGAUUUGCCAGGUCUAAAGCCACACUGAUAAGGUCCAAUCAGUUUGUUGACGGUGGACUUUAAUCUUUCACGCAAUACGCUCAAUAGAACCUUGUACGCGAUGUUGAGGAUGCUUAUCCCACGGUAGUUGGCGCAGAUUGUUGGGUCUCCUUUUUUAUGGAUUGGGCAUAGCACACUUAAAUUCCAAUCGUUGGGCAUGCUUACAUCCGACCAUAUUUUGCAAAGAAGCUGAUGCAUGCUCCUUAUCAGUUCUUCGCCGCCGUGUUUGAAUAGCUUGGCCGGCAAUCCAUCGGCCCCGCCGCUUUGUUGUUCUUCAGGCGGGUAAUUGCUAUUCGAACUUCUUCAUGGUCGGGCAAUGGAACGUCUGCUUCAUUGUCAUCGAUUGGGGAAUCGAGCUCGCCUUCUUCUGGCGUUGUACGUUCACUGCCAUUCAGCAGGCUGGAGAAGUGUUCCCUCCAUAAUUUACGUAUGUCAAUAAAGAGGGGAGUUUCUCUUCCGAGGCUGUUGGUUAUGUUUCGUUGGAGGUGUUUUUUUACAUGGCGGGUCCCAAACCCAGCGCACAAUCCUAUACAGAGGAUUCGGCUUCUUACUUUAGCUCGCCUUCAAACGGGUGUUCUUAUGCUAUCCAGAGGUUACUUGGUCAAAGACCGGACGUCGUGAGCUGCUUGAGCCAUAUGUAAAAGAAUCGCUUCUGGCCACUCCCAAGUGAAUGGCGAUCAGAGAACUUUCCUCACUUGCGUGAACUUCUACACAUGACUCUAAUUUGGGUUAGUUUACAAAAAAGGGAUCAAAAGAAUUUCGUGUGUUCAUAAAACAUUGCUUUUUGGGGGAAAAUGCUAUUGAAUUUGGGCUCUGUACCUGGAAAAUCAACCUUUGUAAGGAGAUUUGCUAAGUUGAAAAGAGGCAAAAUGAGCAUCGGGAACAAUGACGGGAGUGGACGCCGAAAGCUCUGUUCAAAGUGGGUGCUGCGCAAGUUCAUAAUUCAGUACAAACAACGAAUUGAUGAUUCUUAGGAGUGUUUGAGGGCUAUUUAUUCGUAAUAAAACCGUACCGUCGGUCUGUGACAAUAGAAACAUGGCUCCAUCAUUUCACACUGGAGUCCAACAGACAGUCAGCCUAAUGGACUCCACAUUAUGAACUAGUCCUCAAGUGUGGAAAAAAGAAAAAGUUGGGUGGCAUCAGUCUUUUGGAAUGCAGGUGGUAUAACAUUCAUCGCCUUAUUGCUGAGCCAGUCAUGAUCCAUUGCACUGCGUUAGUUAGCAAUUUAUUAUUUUUGAAGAAAAAAUUUGAAAUUGUACAUAUAUCAUGCUAAAGGCCGAAUUGUUAUUGAGAAAACAAUAGGUUUAUUAAAAUCGGCAUUUCGUUGUCUUUGUAGUGAACGAGGACUACAUUACGUACCAUAUAAAGCAGGGCGUAUUGUCAAUUUAUGCUGCGCAUUGCAUAAUAUUCGUUUGCAUUUUAAUUCAAAUGAAAACAUAAAUGAGUUAAACCUGGACACAACUGAAAAUGCAUAUUCCAACGAAGAUGAGAAUGAUAUAGAUGAUACGCCUACCGAUGAAGCAAAUAGAAUUAGAGAUAGUUUUUUAGAUAUUUUUUAAUAUAAGUUCAUAGUAUAUUGACUUAAAACUCGAAAUCAACAACAGAAAGUAAGACAACCGAACAACGUACGGAGAAAGCAGGAACCAGUGCGGAAAGCCGAAUCAAAAGAUAUAAAGAAGAUCAGACCUAUUUCAGUGUAAGGCAUGCAGCCGGAAGUUAUGUUAUACGAGUAUAUGAAUUAGAAAUAUAUAUUAAUAGAUAUAGAACAAUUUUAUGAAUAUUCAGUGGGAAAUAAACCCAGCAAUUUAGGGUGCGAGCGUUUGUAUUAAUGUGAAAAGUGUAAAAUCACAGUAUUGUAAAGUUUCCCCCCCAAAAAAAGAGGACCCCUCCACGCUGCACUGAGGCUGAUACAUACAUAAGUAUGUAUACGGUACUAUGCAAUGAUACUAAUGCAAAUUUGACUGAACUGGGGAACUAUUAGUUGAUAAGAUAUAGCAUUUUGGGUGAAGCAAUUUAGGUUCUUCUUCUUUACUGGCGUAGACACCGCUUACGCGAUUAGAGCUGAGUUAACAACAGCGCUAGUCGUCUCUUCUUUUCGCUACGUGGCGCCAAUUGGAUAUUCCAAGCGAAUCCAGGUCCUUCUCCACUUGGUCCUUCCAACGGAGUGGAGCACUUCCUCUUUCUCUGCUUCCCCGGCGGGUACUGCGUCAAAUACUUUCAGAGCUGGAGUGUUUUCGUCCAUUCGGACAACAGGACCUAGCCAGCGUAGCCGCUGUCUUUUAAUUCGCUGAACUAUGUCAAUGUUGUUGUUUAAAUGAGUUAAGCCUCCACCCCCUCUACCCGGUAAAACUGGCGCAUCCUAAUAAAACAGCGAAAUUCACCACAGGAUGCUACUGCAACGCAACACCAAUAACUCACCACAUCUAUACCAACCCAACCAACAAAAGGAAUGGACAACGGGAAAGCUCACGAAAUUCGCUCAAGGCAGUUCGACACAUACACCUCGAUCAGAUACAUUCGCUUACACACUUCGCCGCGUCGACCUACAAAUCCGCCAAGUCUCAACAUAAUUCGACCGCAGCUACAAAUGAAUAAACUUCGUUUUUCCAACAAGUUCCUGCCAGCAUCAAUACAACAACCAACUGAGUUUAAUCGAACACCACAAGCUUCCGAAUUAAUUUAGAUAUAUUUAAAUUUGUAUUUUAAAUAUAUCAAACAUUAAAACAAAUUGUUUACGAAAU